CUGAAGUGCGGAAAAGACAAAUCGUAAAGAAAAAGAACACGAAAGAACACGCGCCAUGGCUGAACGUUCCGGAGACGUAGUUUUCAGAGUUGAUCGGAGUGACAACGACUCUGACAUAUGGGAUGAUUCGGCUCUGAUUAAGGCCUAUGAUAAAGCCAUCAGUUAUGUCAAGGGUAUGACUAAGGAUGGAAGUGAGAAGGAGGCAAGGAGCAAACCAAAAAGAAAGAGAGGAGGAAAGAAGAAGAACAAAAAGAACUUGGUGCCAUCACAAACGAAAUGGAAAGUUGGAGACCGUUGUAAAUCAGUGUUCACCGAGGAUGAGCAGGUCUACAGCGCUGUUGUCAAGGCAAUCAACCACAAGAAGACAUCAUGCAUCGUCAGAUACACUGGCUACGGGAAUGAGGAGGAGAAGAGACUGUCUGACCUCUUCAGUGAAUCCGAGGCCGAGACCUCUGUCGCCUCUGUCAACUCAAAAGCAGAACUUGAGAAUGGGUAUGACUCCAUGGAAUGGACAGAUCACAGCCAGAGUCCCAUGCACCCCAGCGGCAGUGGUGCUGGCCCAAGGAAGCGGUCCCAUCAUCCACCACCACCACCACACCAACCACACCAACCACACCCACACCCACACCCACCACACCCACCACACCCAUCCAAUAUGACCCAUCCUCUAGGCUACACCAGUCCCUAUCCAGGGUCAUGGUACCCGCCCCAUCAAGCACCCCCACCUCCGAUGCCGCCUCCCCCUCCAAUGAUGUCACCGCUACCCUUCGCACCAUGGGGAUCUCCUGCUGCACAGAUGAUGCCGGGUUGGGGAGGAGCCUCACCACAUCCUGCUACUCAAACACCUCCACGGAUACCUUCCAUGCCGCCCACACCCCCUCCUCACCCUCCGCUGCCAGAGGAUGUAGAGGACAUGGAUAAAGAGGCCCUGCAUUCCAUGCUCAUGUCUUGGUAUAUGAGUGGAUACCAUACAGGUUACUAUGAGGGCCUGAAAAAGUCCAAGACAAGCAGUCACGAUGCUACCUCAAAGCCUAAGGAAGAUGGUGCGACACCCAGACGAGAGCAAGGUAGACAGACCAGGGCAAGAGAUAAGGUUAGGGAAACCAAGGAACCAGCUCCAUCUCAACCCACUGAAGAGUCUCAAGAUUCAAACCAGGAAACAUGACGUUAUGAGGCAAAUUGAAAAAUGGAUUUUAAAGGGGUUGUAGCAUGACGAGACUACAUGUCUUUCCCGUGGCCUGACUCGGGGCAAAUUGGGUAUAAUACGACUACGGGCGAUGCGACCGCAGUAUUCAUGUGCAUGCAACAUAUGCAAAACCGAAGCGUGAAGAGAACUUUGGUCUGUUUCGAAAUCAAGUCCAUUCAUUUAUGUGCAGUUAUCCAAAAGAAGUCGUAGAUGGCGUUAACCAGUAUUUGCCAUGCUACACCCACUAUAAAGCUAACCUUGAGCUCUGG